AUGAUUUGCUUCAAAUUUUCUAAAAAGUGUAGGCCUACAGUAUCACAAAAUCUGAGCUCGUAAUGAUUUUAUAUUCAUUUAUUGGUAGCAUGUUUGAUUUAAUGGGUAUUUGUUCAGACUGAAAUGUAGACAUAUUAGACGUACAAUUAACUGUGUUAGAUGAGGUUAAAAAACAGAGACAAUGUACGUUAAUCAACACAGGGAGCAAAUAAUGUUAAAAGUUCAUGUAUAGCAAGUCAGGCGGGUAUAUUUUGCGCCAUAAGCGUGGCGUUGAAGACAGCAUAAGUAAAAAAAAAAAAAGAUCAACUUCUGAAAACGCGUCAAAUCCGAAACGCUCCGUCUGGCUGUUAAACGCAAGAACGCGUCCUGUGUGAAUGCCUCACACCUGCGGGAAAUACCUUGUACUGAACAGCAGCUAAAUAUAGAUCCAUCGCGAGGGAACCCGGUCACCGCACCGCGCCUCGCCACGCACAGCGUGUUUAUCUGCAUGUUGUUUAGCUGGAAAGUUUGCUUGUAUCGAGGGCAUCUUACCCAUUUUUUUGCUGAAAGGGAAAACACACGAUUUAUUUAGAGGAACCUCUCAACUACACACGCGUAAAGCGCAUUUUUAACUCCUUGUUCCUGGCGGUGCGCGUAUCCAACAAGUGCAUGCUCGAAGCUCAACUGCUGUGUCUUAUAAGCGAUUGAACUGCAAACAGAUGGAGAUGCCUGCCUAACGACCAGGUGCUCGAAUCGAUCCACGCAACCUCGCCAACACGCACAUGUUUUGUCGCAGUGAUAAAAACGCGCGUUUGUUUGAUGCGCGUCGAGUGAGCUGGUGGAUUAUGUGGAUCUGUUAGUUUCCCCGCCGAUGGAGCCGCCGUAAUUCGUUGUUCUGUUCAUUUUCACAACAAUCUAGAGACCAGGCGGUUCGCUUAUAUUUUGACGGUCCGAACCCCAAAAUCUUAGCCUACACCUAGUCCACGCGUUGACCUCCGAAGACUUGUAAAUCCUCACAACUGGUUUCUUGGAGAGGGCUGCGCAAUUGCGCACGCUGUAAGAGUACGAUCGGCGCUUUCCAUGGAAUCCGCUCCACCCGUGAUCUCCAUGAGGUUUCGGUUCGAUCUGAAGUGGGGUAAAAAGUUGCAGUCUGGACAGUAAAUCACAUAUAUGAGGAUCAUUAAACACGUGCUUACACACAAGCGCAAACAUGCCUAUGCAUCCGGUGACUUCCACGUUGAUGUACCGGGGGAUCUGCACCAUUCCAGAUAUCCUGUCGUACCGGGCACCGGUCAACCUGCCUGAGGAUGAGGUGGAAGAAAUCCGGGAGGCGUUUAAGGUGUUUGAUCGAGAUGGGAACGGCUUCAUCUCAAAGCAGGAGCUCGGCAUGGCCAUGCGCUCUCUUGGGUACAUGCCCAAUGAGGUCGAGCUAGAGGUCAUCAUUCAGAGACUCGACAUGGAUGGAGACGGCCAGGUGGAUUUUGAGGAAUUUGUUACUCUCCUGGGGCCCAAACUCACGGCUGCCGGGAUGCCUGACAAGUUCAACGGAACCGAUUUUGACUCUGUGUUCUGGAAGUGUGAUAUGCAGAAGCUGACUGUGGAAGAGCUGAAGAGACUCUUAUAUGAUACUUUCUGUGACCACCUGUCUAUGAAGGACAUUGAGAAUAUCAUCAUGACAGAGGAGAAUCACAUCGAAAAUCCUGGGGACUGCCAGGUUGACAUUGACACGGAGAGUCCAACCCAGCAGGUGAAGCAAACAUGCGUACGGAAGAGUCUGAUCUGCGCCUUCGCGAUUGCUUUCAUCAUCAGUGUCAUGCUCAUUGCAGCCAAUCAGGUGCUUCGCAGUGGCAUGAAGUAACGUAUGGACCGCUCACAACAUAGAUUCAAUUCAACAUAUGACAGUGACAAAAAUUGCUUAAAAAAAAACAAUCACGCACACAUGCACAUUCAAACUGGAGCAACUGUAAAGUUCAUUUAAUUUACGUGAAAUCCAAAUGUGGUGACUGAAAUAUUUUUGAGACGAGCUACACUGGACAUGUUUUUUUUUUAUUAUUAUUUGGCAGCAGUUUCAAAACAGAAUGCACACAAAUAUGUUAACGCACACAUACUGUGUCUUACCCCCAAUGAAAAGUACAGGAAAAGAGCGAAAGAGUAAUGGAUCCCCCCCGAAAAAGUUUCCCCUUCCUCUUCAGUGUGUUCUGGUUGAGUUUGGUCGCAUGGACAUCUCCAACCGAGGAUCAAUGCAUGACGAUGCAUGGAUUUACAAUAGCCUGGACGCACCAGUAGAGCUCAGCUGUGCAUCCAUUCACCUAGAAGAUCCCAAAACAAAUCUUUCCGGAGAAGGACCCGAGUUGGAUAUGGAGCAGAGGCCGUUUCUGACAUUUUACAUCCAGUAUACUGAUCCCUUUGCAUGAGAAUAAGGGCUGUUUAGGGCAUGCUCAUGUCAUGCAAUGUUAGUCUUGUGUUUGUCGAGUAACUUUCGUGGAUUUUUACCUGUUGCACACGCCUGAGAUGAUUGUAGUAGUACUGCAUAUGGUCAAAAGGGGGCGUGAAACAACCCAAAAGUGAUGCUAUACCACUAGUGACAUAGAGUAUUAAGUAUUAUUUCUCUUUUCACCUGAAAUACACUAUGCAUUUUCAGGCUUUCUGUUCUGAAUGAUCAACAACGCUCGUCGGUGCAAAUGUAACCGUUACAUUUUGCAAACAUUUGCACUGUAGUUAUCACGUAGGAGCUUUUGAAUUGAAAUGACACGACUGGCAGGCAAUUAUACCAAAUGAUUACGUAAGACAAGGGAUAUAAGGAGUAUCUGAUUUGUGACAUAUCAGGAAACUAUUUAAUGGUUGUUUCUGAACCAAAUCGAUGUCCAUUUAAGCUCAUCGCCUAACCUAAAUGGAUGAUCAUGAUGUUUCUAUUAGUUUGCAGUGUAAGGAAUAUGUGUAUUAAUAUAAUCGGACAGCAAACACUGUGGUAUAUCAGUGUUUCACUUCGGUUUCAAAAUAUAUUGUUCAUAUGUCCAUAUGAAUGUGCCAUUUGUGACGUCGUUCAGUGUUUUUUCCUGGGAAACAGACGUUGGAUGACUUGAUGAUCAUGAAACGGAUUAUCUAAGGUGUGAAUAAUGUUUAAAAUGUGAAUGUCAGGGUUUGAAUAUGUAUCAGCUGUGUCAUUCUGUUAAAGGGCAUUUUCCAGGGCAUAACAUUAGUUUUCACCUCAGCCCAGGGCAUGAAUUGAUUUAGCUGUUAGUUACAGCACCAUGGAACUCUUACAUUUGGAUGUCCAGGUAUAAAUGAAAUAUGCAAUGGACGGAAACGCACGUCUAAGCGCUCACACAAGCACUACGGUCGAGUGACAGUCCAAGAGGAGUCACAGGACAACAGUGUACAGGUUUCCUCCAUUACACAGGCACAAUUACUUAUUCAUUAACAGAAAUGAGAAAGCUAAUAAUGUUAACCAGAGAAUAGCCUAUUAUUUAAAACUCGUCUAGAAUAGGCAUAAUAGCACUCAGCUGAUAAGGAAAUUCUCAUUAUAUCAUUAGCGGAUUGGCUGGUAACCCCAUCUCCCCCAGAUUUAUUUGUGCUUAGUAAAUCAGAUCCAACUGAAUUAAUUAUUCACAACAGCUGCUCAUAAAAAAAGAAUGAAAAAA